GACGACGACGACGACGACGAGCGAAGCUUUUGAACUCCGAAGUCGGCUUUUUAUUGUUUGUGGAAUUCUUUCCUCUUUCAAACACCAAAAGAAAACAACAUAUAAACACCUUCUUUUUUUUUUUCUCUCUCUCUCUCUCUCUUUGAUGAUAGAGAAGACCGGAUUGCUGAAAUCCUAACAAUAAGAAUAUUUCAAGUGAACCCAGCUGAGAAUGCCAGCCGCAACUUGUUGUGUUGUCGGUUGCAACAAUCGACAUUCGUCGAGCCAGAAAUUACGAUUUUACCGAAUUCCAAGAGGAAAGUACCAGCGGAGCAAGUUCAUCAAGAAAAUUGGCCUGCCUAAUAAUUGGCUUCCAAAUAACAGCACCUGGAUCUGUUCGGUGCACUUUAAGUCUGGGAAAAUCAGCAAAAACCGUCAUGAUGUGGAUUAUAUUCCGACACUGCUUGUGGACGCAGCAAGGGACAGUGAGAAAGUGGUGAAGUUCCCAGCCACCAAAUGUUUGUCAAAUUCUGAGCUACUAGAAGGAGCAUUCAGGGAUCACAUUACACAUCUGAUUGAUGAGGCUAGCAUCAUGCUGGAACGCAGAGAACAAGAACACUUGACUCAGUCGCUGCUAUUCCAUGAUUAUCUUGCCACUAAAACAGUUUCCACAUCUCAUUUACAUCCUGACAAUCCAACCAUGAACCCUUGGAUCACUGUCAACACACUCGAGCAACGAACUCCAAGCAGACUCCCUAAACAUCAUACAGAUGACUGUGGUGUUUAUUUUGGUAACAACAUAACACAGAAACAUGGAGAAAAUAAGUCUAAGCCAGAAAUCAAAGAAGAUAACCUUGAGUAAGGCAAAGAAAACAAACAAAAAUAUAUAGAUAACAAAACAAAAAAAAAAGCAAUCUAUUCUUAA